AUGGCUGGACAUAGUGUCCAGGUCUACUACGGUAUGGCUGGACAUAUUGUCCAGGUCUACUACGGUAUGGCUGGACAUAUUGUCCAGGUCUACUACUGUAUGGCUGGACAUAUUGUCCAGGUCUACUACUGUAUGGCUGGACAUAUUGUCCAGGUCUACUACUGUAUGGCUGGACAUAUUGUCCAGGUCUACUACGGUAUGGCUGGACAUAUUGUCCAGGUCUACUAUGGUAUGGCUGGACAUAUUGUCCAGGUCUACUACGGUAUGGCUGGACAUAUUGUCCAGGUCUACUACGGUAUGGCUGGACAUAUUGUCCAGGUCUACUACGGUAUGGCUGGACAUAGUGUCCAGGUCUACUACGGUAUGGCUGGACAUAUUGUCCAGGUCUACUACGGUAUGGCUGGACAUAUUGUCCAGGUCUACUACGGUAUGGCUGGACAUAUUGUCCAGGUCUACUACGGUAUGGCUGGACAUAUUGUCCAGGUCUACUACGGUAUGGCUGGACAUAUUGUCCAGGUCUACUACGGUAUGGCUGGACAUAUUGUCCGGGUCUACUACGGUAUGGCUGGACAUAUUGUCCAGGUCUACUACGGUAUGGCUGGACAUAGUGUCCAGGUCUACUACGGUAUGGCUGGACAUAUUGUCCAGGUCUACUACGGUAUGGCUGGACAUAUUGUCCGGGUCUACUACGGUAUGGCUGGACAUAUUGUCCAGGUCUACUACGGUAUGGCUGGACAUAGUGUCCAGGUCUACUACGGUAUGGCUGGACAUAUUGUCCAGGUCUACUACGGUAUGGCUGGACAUAUUGUCCAGGUCUACUACGGUAUGGCUGGACAUAUUGUCCAGGUCUACUACGGUAUGGCUGGACAUAUUGUCCAGGUCUACUACGGUAUGGCUGGACAUAUUGUCCAGGUCUACUACGGUAUGGCUGGACAUAUUGUCCAGGUCUACUACGGUAUGGCUGGACAUAAUGUCCAGGUCUACCACAGUAUGGCUGGACAUAUUGUCCAGGUCUACUACGGUAUGGCUGGACAUAUUGUCCAGGUCUGCCACAGUGUGGCAUGA